AUGGCCAUGGAUCCUAGGGCAGUUGUCCCGCCAUGCAGUGCGUCAACUCCAAAUCUCGACGGCCGGAGGCGAUUUCCCCUCAUCGGCCGGAGGCCAUCAUCGGUAUCGAGCUCUGCUUCACCAACACCGCCCGCAACACCAACAAGGGCGUCACCCGCUCGUGCACCACCUCAAUCUCCUGCUCAGCCAUCGACACCCCCAGCAGCAGGCUUGACCAUUCGGGCUCUCAUCAAGUUUGGUCCACCGUUACUGGCCAACUACGACAACGUCUACGAAGCCUGCAGAGACUUUGUCCCUUCUGAUAACAUCUGCCAGGGCUUGCUUCGCCGCCUCGAGCAUGGCUGUCAUGAUCUGAUCACCCGCCGCGACUCGUCUGCCUUGGAUUCCAAAUCUGGCAGGAAACCUCUUCGCUUCGAAGCACAAUUCACCAUCACUCGUGCUGGCGUUCACUGGACCACUGUGACGUACAGAUCUUACCAAAAGCUGCCCUUGGACAGACAGGCCGCGGUCGAUGUCGCACUGGCCACCGACCGCAUUAUCGGAACGUUUCUUCGCCGCCAUGAUAGAGGCUUCACCUGGCAGGCACCCGAUCGCCACUCUAUUGAUUCCCGCACUACAAGACCCCAAAGCCGCCAUAGUGCUUCACUCUUCUCCCUCACCUCACAGGACCGUCUUGUCGUAACAAAACAAAACAUACCAUUCUUACCCGGCUACGAAAUCGUCCUGAACUUCCGCUCAAGAUGCCGCUCACGUCAACCUGUCACCUGGGAUCGCCGCUUCACCAUCAAGAGCACGCAGACCACGCCACUCACGCCGCGAUUGGUCGAAGGCUUGACAUGGAAGCUGUCGAAAUGCAUUCACGACGCGCUGGAUGCCAGAAAACGCGAAUUUGACGACGCGCGGGCGGCGUGCGAUUUCCUGGAAGAGGUGGAAGACUCAUUUGAAGAUGAAGCCGUCUUCAUCGACUUCAAGCUACACAACUGCACCGGGAUGAAUAACUCGGACGCUGGGCGCUCUGUCACUAGUAGUUUCCCUCUCUUCCAAGACUCGGAUGCACACGACGCGCGUGAGUUUGCUGAGCAGCUGGACAAGUCGCUCGCCGACCUAAGGGACGAGACGGACAAGGCUCUGAACUCACUCGACGACCUCAAGAUUCUCAUUCGAGACAUCUCUGGCCGUGACCAGACACUCAAGAAUCCCUUUGCUGUGGUUCUUGACUCCUCAGUCUGUUACGCACCACGAACGAUCGACGCUGCCUUGGACAGAGUCCAGUCUGGGAUCGCCCACGUUCUGUAUGGCAAAGAUGUGACCCUGGUCAUGGCUGCGACCAAACGUGGGCACAUGGUGCUUGAAAAGACCAUUGUUGGUCGACCAGCUUCUCUCAACUCUCUCAGUUCUCUUCAUUCUCUCGCUGAGGAGCCCCAGACGGAACAAGAGAUCCUCCUUUCAAGCCUCAAAGACUGCAUUCAGCGGGACAUCGCCAUGGUCAUACUUGACACAAGGUCGUUGAGUGACAUGCAGGCAAGGCCCCAGAAUCUUCGCUUGAUUGAGCGCAGCGCACCCCCCUCCACCACUCGACCACCCGCCGUAUUCGCCCAAGUUUCCAGCGGCCCGUCCGUCCCUCCAUCCAAAGCCGGGGUCGAGACGAAUGAGACGCGUCCCGAAACGACUGUCUCAACGGCACCAGCCGCGCUGCCACAUCAGCCUGAAACACCAGUCAGGAGCACGGUCAGAAACGAUGAUCUAGGAAUCGAGACCCCAUUGAUCAGCCGCGAAAGCAGCACUGAUCUCUCUGCCAUCACUGUCGAUAACGAAGUUGGGCAUUCGACCCCGCCAUCUACACCCAGCCUCAGCGACUGCGCCGUUGACAGCCCUCGCCAUAGCUACCCGACCACACCCCCUGCGCUGCAAGCUUUUGUGGGCGCAGCCGAUGAAAUUCGCGUGCGGCGCGAUUCCGAUACUUCGGAUCAAGAAUGCGAAGAUGGCAUCGCAUCACCAGAGGUUCCGAAAGAAACUGCGCCUGUCAUGGUCAAAGAACCGCGCCGAUUCGGACUGCUUGGCAGGCGACCCGAGUCGACCACAUCUGCAUCUGAUGUAGUUGCGAAUUCUGAAGAGACUUUAACGACCAACACGUCGGACGCACAUGUCGAGCAGCCGAAUCUCACCCCGGCUGUCGAUGACCCAAUAAUGCCGGCUGUUCAGAAAGCUCCGCGUGAAUCACCUUUUGAAGGAUGGCUUGGUUAUUCGUGCGAACCCAUUCCUGAGGAGCCACUCAAUGAGGAGCUGGAUACACUGGUUGGACACGUAAAGUUGGAGGAGUUCCCCGCUGCCCAGCCAUCAGCCUCGAUUGCUCAGGCCAUCACGGCCAUGUCGCCCGAGGCAGCUGUGAAUGCUGCACCAGCGAACGAGGAUGCCAGCGCAGUUCCUCCGCUACAGGAUGCAGUCGUUAACCUGGCUCCUCGCGUUGAUGUGCCUGUGGUCACCGAUCUCGCUGCCGUUUCGAAACCCGAGAUUGAGGGCUGGCUUGGAUAUUGUUGCGACCCGCUCGACGAAGGCCAACUCCGUACUGACGUGACGCAAGCCCCAACCACCAUCAGCUAUCCUCUCGGUACCCUUGAGAGCGUCGCCAUGGAAGAUGUAGAGCUACCUAUUUCAAUUCCGGCUGCAGAAUCUACCGAGGGAACGAUUCCUGUGGAUGACUGCAAAGAGUUGGACCUACUCGAUACGCACUGCACAGGAAAUGGCGCGGAGGCAGCCGAGGGUGUUGCAGUGAACGAGCCACAAGCAUCUUUGGAUCACAUGAAAGACGAAAUGCCCUUGCAGCAUGCAACAGUCUUGGAGACCAUGGCCCCCAACGCAGCUGUUGGGUCCGUUGAGCCAGCUGAGCUCAAUGUCCCUCCUGGCUCCACCCCGGUAGAAGCCAUUGAGGAUGCUCUUACUCCUGUCAAGACUCUUACCCUCACCACUGAAUCCCCCGAGUUCCGCCAGCGCUCGGAUGAAGAUGUCAAUGAUGCCCCCAAAACCCCCACCGACACGCAGGCGUACGAGACCGCCGAUCCCCACACACCAACGAUGACAGACGACUCAAACGCCAGCGACUCCAUUGCAAACCAAGACCACUCUCCUAGUCCAUUCCCUGAGCUUGAGAGCCCCAAGCUUACAGGGUCCGCUUCAUCCACCUCGCUCACACUGUGGUCUCAUAACCGAUCUCCUUUCUUCUCAGAUGACUUCGAUUUCCCCCCCAAGGGCAUCGAGUCCCCCUCCCAAUAUGCUCGUCCCUCAUUUUCGCGCCCCCAAACCUCCUAUGGGUCAGCCCUCUCCCACAUCGCCCCGGCCUUACGCCGACCCCAGCUCCAGCCCCAUAAGCGCCAGUUCUCCUCUCCGACUGCUGGGUACCUCGGCCUCCUUCACGGGCAUGGCUCUCCACUACGGAUGACGAGCUACGUCUGUUCUCAGCUUGUGGAUGGAACGCAGGAUGAGGGGCCGGCAGUGCGUCGCCGGAGCCUACACCGCAGUCCCUCGAGCGUGCUUCUUGGCCUUGGCUACGAACAGAGCAUCGAGGCACAAUCGCGACCUGGGUCGUCGGCUGGAUUCCGGCCGAGGACUGAUAGCAUGAGUUCUUUCGGUGGCAGGUCCAGGACAGGAUCGAUCAUUGGUGGUGCUGGACUUUGGAUGAAGUAG